AUGUUACACAAGAUCAUUGGGAAACAUCGAAGGAGCCUCACAGCAUCGUCGACCGUUAUGAAAUGUUACACAAGAUCAUUGGGAAACAUCGAAGGAGCCUCACAGCAUCGUCGACCAUUCCGUCCUUGCAAAGACUGUCCCCAUCGAAGGAGCCUCACAGCAUCGUCGACCAUUCCGUCCUUGCAAAGACUGUCAAUGAUCGUGGAAUACACUACAGUGCCAGGUUUACAACUUCCCUCUUCUAUUAUCCUGAGCAAUCUAAUAGCCGUGAUAGUGUUGGCUGUUUUGCAAAUCCCAUUGAUAAUCGUUCCAUACAUAGCCACGUCCAGCUCAAUGUCUCUAGCAAUGAGAUUGUUAAAUGCCAUGUGGGACAGGGGCAUUCAUCCUGACGGUUACUGCUAUAACCCUUUGAUUAAGGGAUAUUGCAAGAACAUGAAAUUAGACGAGGCCAUGCAUCUCUUCCGCGAAAUGCCUUUACGGGGUUUGAAACGUGACAUUGUUACUUUCAAUAUUAUAGUGCGGGGUCUGGUUCAGAUAGGUAGAUAUAUUGCUGCUCAAGAAAUUCUUAAUGAGAUGCAAGCUGCUCGCCAAAUUCCUGAUCCUAAAACUUGUGGUCUCCUGUUGGACGGCCUUUGCCAAAGUGGGCAUAUUGAUGAAGCAAUGUUCUUAUUUCACAUGAUGGAAAAAAGGUGUUUAAGGCUCGAUAUUGUUAAGUACAAUGUCCUUGUUGCUGCGUAUUGCAAGAAUAAAACACUUGAUGAUGCAAGGGAUCUUUUCACCGUACUGCCUUCAAAAGGUUCAUGUCCUGAUGAUAGGACCUCAUUGACAUGAUUCAAUGUCAUUUGAGGGAGGCCUCCUUGAUAAAGUUGCCUGCGGAAUGAUGUUUCUUACACGUUAGCACUCAGUGAUUUCUUAGGUGUAUUAAGUCCUUUGAGGCCUUUUUACUCCCUGAGGAAAUGAUUGAGGCCUUUGAAGUCCCAAACGCCGGAUGCCCAAGUGUAGCCCGUUCAGCCCAAUUGGUGUUCUAAGUCUGAUUUGAGUGCUGGACACAUGUCUGGAAAGUGAUGAUGUCACUUAAGUGUUUGGUGAUAUAAAAAGAAGAAGAAGCCAAGUGUCCUCGCGAUUCUGUAUUUCUAUGUAUACUCCAUGUAUGGAAGACCCCUUUUUGAGAUAUAAAAAAAAAGAAGAAGUCACCAAGUGUCCUCACGAUUUUGUGUAUACUCCAUGCAUGGAAGACCCCCUUUUGAAAUGAAUAAGUGGUGAUAGCUUUUUUGACACUUAAUUUGUUCCUCUGUCAACCAUGCAUACCGUGGUUGCAGUUGUUUGUUUGUUUUUUUAAUGUUCAAAUAGUACUUCCUUAACUAGAAGGUCAUCGACUAAAAGGAAUUGCACGCAUAUAAUGGAGCGAUGCUGGAGCAAGAGAACCCAUUGGCAUUGGAACUUGACCGGAACAAAAAGUUCGUGGUAACUUAU